AUGGGUCUCCGAAGGGAGAAGCUGGGCUCAUGGGAAGCCUCCGUCGUCCGCGGCGAGGUCUCGGAAGACAAUGGGGAGCAGGUGCCCUGCUACCUGGUUGCGGUGCAAUCGCCAGGUCGGGGAGGGGGCAGCGAGUGCUGGACCGUGCCCAGGAGGCUCAGCGAGUUCCAACACUUACAUCGGAAACUCAGCGGCCACUUCCCCUCCUUAAAGAAGGCUCAGUUGCCUUCUCUUAGCAGGCUGCCCUUCAAGUCUAUAGAUCAAAAGUUUCUGGAAAAGUCCAAGAAUCAAUUAAAUAAGUUUUUGCGGAUUCUGCUUUCAAAUGAAAGGCUGGGCCACAGUGAAGUACUUUAUGCCUUUUUGAGCCCUUCUCCAGACUACCUCAAGGGGCAGGGGAAAGAAAACACUUCUUCUUUAGCUUCAUUUUUGGAAAGACUGCCUCGUGACGUCUCCUCCCACCGCGAGGAGGAAACCGAGGACAGUGACCUGUCGGAUUCUGAUGACGACGCGGAUGGGAGGACAGAUGCCUUGGCUGAGCCAUGUUUCAUGUUGAUUGGGGAGAUUUUCGAACUCCGGGGAAUGUUUAAAUGGGUGAGAAGGACAUUAAUCACUCUGGUACAGGUCACUUUUGGGAGGACCAUCAACAAGCAAAUCCGCGACACCGUGAACUGGAUCUUCAGCGAACAGAUGUUGGUUUACUAUAUCACCAUUUUCCGGGAUGCUUUUUGGCCAAAUGGGGAAUUGGCACCACCGACUGCAGUCAGAAGCGAAGAGCAAAGCCAGGAGACAAAACACAGAGCACGGCAAAAACUACUUGAAAACAUUCCAGAUGUGCUUCAGAGCCUUGUUGGACAGCAAAAUGCCCGCCAUGGUAUAAUAAAAAUAUUCAAUGCCCUUCAAGAAGCAAGAGCCAAUAAACAUCUGUUGUUUGUACUGAUGGAACUUCUGCUACUUGAACUGUGUCCUGAGGUGAGGACUCAUCUUGAUCAACUUACAGUUGAUCAGGUUUGAAACUGCACAAAUAAAAUGCCAGAGAAAUGUCUGUGUGAUAAUAGACACAAAAUAUUUGCCUCUUUUCCA